UACGCUCUCUCUCUCUCUCUCGUUUCCAGAAGAAAUGACCUAGCCUGCAGGCCCCACUCCUGGCACGCCACCAAAUUUACAGAGAGUCAACCUGAGACGGCCACGUCACACCUUUCCUCCUCCAAUGCCUGCGCUUCCUGGCACUCGCGCUAUCAUGCAAGUUGUUCUUCUCAUGACCUGUCAAACUCGUGGGAUCAGUCAAGUCUACAUCGUACUUCAGACCAGUUCAGCUCUUUGGGAAGUAUGGACAGCUGGGACCACACUCCACAAGUAGCACAGUAUGGAAGGCUUUCUUCUGCAAGGUCUAACAGUAGCAUUGACCAUCUAGGAAGCCAAAGUAAACGGGAUUCAGCCUACGGGUCUUUCUCCACAAGUUCUAGCACCCCCGACCACACUCUGUCCAGUGCAGACACUUCUUCGACAGAGAACAUGCUGUACAAAGUAGGCCACUGGGAGACUGCUAAGCAUGGAAACAAGUCUGGCCAAUUCUUGAAUGACAACAGUGUAAUAGAGGACAAACCUGGGUAUUUGCCAGCUCCCAUCCAAUAUGAGAACAACAAAGGUCCUAGAAUAGAGGAACACCCUGAUGGCAAGCUCACUAGCUCUGGAAGAUCCAGUUUUGGACCUGUCUGGUAUGUUCCUGAUAAGAGAAAGUCUUCAUCUCCUCCCCCUCCCCCUCCACCUCUCCGUAGUGACAGCUUUGCUGCUACCAAAGGCCAUGAGAAAGCCCAUGGCCCCGUGUUCUCAGAGGGUGCCAGCACGCAGCACUUUACAGCCCUGAACCGGUCUCAGCCCAGGAGUGACUGGAGCUUGGAAGCCGCAGAGCAGCAGCGGCAGCUCUCCAGAGCAUGUGACAAGAGGGUCAGCAGUUCAAAUCACAAAUCUGAUCUCAGUUCAGAGCUGGCUUUUUCUUGGGCUGGUGAAAGGUACAAUAGUACCGCGGGAACUGUCAGCAGGCUGCAGUCGUCCUUGUCCAGCACUGACGUUCGGUUUGCACAGCCUGCUUACAGCUGCCACCACCAGCACCAGCACAGUGAUGAGAGCACUUUUUUCCACAAUGCAAGAAUCUCAGCUGCACCUAAAGAUCAGCAGCAUUAUCUGUCCUAUAGUGGCAUUCAGGAGUCACCUGCGGAUCAUUUUCACGACUACAGUCCAAACCAAGGCAGUCUCCUCAACGCUUCCUCUGCUUUGAACAGUGCUGCUGAACAGAAGGUGGACAACACUGGACAGAGCCGUUAUUAUUGCGUGACAGCAAAACAGCCUGCUCAGGGAAGCUCAAAGCCACUGCAACUCAAGGACGACAGCUGGAAACCCGCAGCGGGGGCUGAUGCAUCGCUGGGACCUCAUGAAACUCCUGCAGUUGUCACAAUGGUUCAAAAACCAAAAUACUAUCUACCUCAACAAUCUGUUGAAUCUUCACUGAAAGGGUGUGAGAACAGUAGUCAUUACCCAGUGGACAGAGAGGGGGGUGCUAGGUGUGUUGUAUUAGAAGAAGCUAAAAAAACCCAUCAUACUGAAAAGUCUGGACAAAAGAAAAACUUUGAGAGCAGCUCUGAGGAAAGUGAAACUAGGUACCGUCAACAGGAGUAUGUGAAGGGCUGUGUCCUUACCACUGAAAACAGAUCUGCUCAGAAGGAUUUUAGGUGGAGGAAAGAUGAGAGUAGCAAGAUUUCUCCUCAGAAGACCCCAAUGUUGCACUCUUUAGCUCAGGAAGGGAAAAAACAGUCUGACAACAGCCCAGAAGCAGUAACAGAACGACAGGCCCCAUUUGACACCCACUUGUCUAAACAGGCACGAAGGAGUGAUCGUUUUGCAACAACGCUGAGAAAUGAGAUCCAAAUGAGAAGGGCAAAGCUGCAGAAAAGUAGAAGCACUGCUACGUUAGUAGGGUCCUCUGAAACAGAGGAGUGCAAUGAGACCUGGAAGCCAGAUUCAGCAGCAAAUGUCACCACCUCUCCAGACACUAACUUUACCAGCACCUACAAAGAUCACCUCAAGGAAGCACAGGCCAGGGUUCUGAGGGCGACGUCCUUCAAACGGCGGGACUUGGAACCCAGCCCCACUGAAUAUCUCCCGAGGUCACCCGAGCGGAAACCUGGUAGCUACAACUCCUCGUUACUGGCUUUGGUUUCUGAGGAUGCGUCUGGAUUCCUUGAGGCUACACAAGCUAAACCGAACCCUGCAGGGAGCGGCACUCAUCACGUUUCUCGCGUUGGAGCCAGGAAGAGGUUCACAACAGAGCAAAAACUGAAGUCUUACUCUGAACCAGAGAAGAUGAAUGAGGUGGGGGUGUCAGAGGAUGAGUGCCGUGCUCAUUGCCAUCCAAAUACAUCUGAAGAAGCCCUGGGCUCAUUUGCAGACAGGUGGAAAUUUUUUGAAGAAACAAGUAAACCUGCGUAUAGGAAAUCGGCUCAGAAACCAGCUCCCCGCGGUCUAGCUGAGGGACAGCCCGAGAGGCUGGAUAGGAAAGCUCAUGGUGGACAAGAGGGAGAGGAGUCAUGGUAUGAGAGAAGAGGUCGAGCAGCCUCUGUUGGACUUGAAACUACACAUGCUUCAAAAGAUAACGUCCAUUAUAGUAGUAGCAGUAAGGCUGCUGAUAGGAUUGUGAGAUCUGAACAGCCCCAGCGCCUGGGAACCUUUGCAGAGUAUCAGGCGUCGUGGAAGGAGCAGCGGAAGCCACUAGAGCCGAGGAGCUCAGGAAGGUACCAUUCAGCUGAUAAUAUCCUUGAUGCAGGCCACGAACAACAUGAGAAACCUCAGUACACCCAUGAGAGGUCUAGAUCAUCCCCUUCUACUGAUUUCUACAAACAGGAAGUCUCAGUUGAAGUCAGGAGGCAAGCAGAAGAUUUAAAGGAAGAUGGGGAGCGUAUUUUCUCUAAAGUUAACAAUCUGGAUGAGAGGAACUGCACUGUAAGGCAAGCUGACACAGGGGCCCUGAGGGAAAACCCACAGAAGAGGGAUCAGCUGGACCAGAAUUUAGGCCACAAGUGGAAGGCAUCUGUCAGACCUUUGCAUGCACGAGAGCCUACGGUUCUGCCCCAUGAGAGCCGGGGGAGAUCCGGGACGUUGCCUAGUGAUUACCGAUACUCUCAGGAAAACGUGAACGAGAAGAGCAAGGAUUGCAGCUUGCCUCAUCUCCCCUGCUCUGAGCCACAGACCUUGAAUGAGAACCACUCCUGUCUGUCCCGCGGCAAAGGAGAGGAGAACCAUAGGGUAGAGCCGGUGCUGCUGAACAAGAAGCGUGGACCUGCCCCUCAGAGGCCGCCGCCACCUAAGAGAGAUAAGUACAAGCGACCAGAUAAUUCUGUGCCAUCGCUUGGCACCUCUUCGGAACCUCUACUGGUAGCGCCCAGCCGGCCCUUUCCGUCCUCCUCACCCAGCUCCACUGAAGCAGUUGCCAGUCACUCCUCUCUCUGUCAGAGUCCCGCAGCUUUCAAUGGAAAACUGAAGAGCGCUAAUCCACAGCAGCUCCAGCCAGCCUCAUCCACGGAGAAUGUUUGUCAGCACUUAGAAGAAAAAACGCACCUUAGAUCUGAAUCUGUAUUAUCUUCCAAGUAUCGGUAUCUUCAAAAACCUGGCAUGGAGACAUCAAGGUCCCCUUCUCCUCAGUUUGCUCCUCAGAAGCUCACUGAUAAACCUCCUGUGUCCGUACAGGAUGAGAACCCAGCCAGAAUUGAAAGGGUUAUAGACAACAAUACUACAGUGAAAAUGGUGCCCAUCAAGAUAGUUCAUUCUGAGAGCAGUGCAGAGAAGGAGAGUCGGCAAAGUCUUGUCAGUACUAUGGAGCCUCCUGCUUUACCCAGUGGUUUGGAAAAGGACCAAAUCAAAACACUCAGCACUUCUGAGCAAUCCUAUUCACGAUUCUGUGCGUACACCAGACAAAGUGUAGAGCCAGAGCCAGAAGCCAGAACCAAACCAGCUGACCCUCAACCAGCUGAAGAACCUGGGAGCAACUUGAAGGACAGCAGUGCUGCCACGCCAGCAGUCAGCUACGUAAAGGCCAAAGAGAAGACCCUUGAAGACUGGAAGUCAGAGGAACUAGCCAGAGAGAUUGUGGGAAGAGAUAAAUCCCUGGCAGACAUACUAGAUCCUAAUGUGAAAAUAAAAACAACAAUGGAUCUAAUGGUUGGAAUAUUCCCUAAAGAUGAACACCUCCUAGAAGAAGCUCAGCAGCGCAGGAAGCUCCUACCAAAAGUUCCUUCUCCAAAAAUUUCAGAGGAGAAGAAAGAGGAGCAGAGCGUGCCGUCUGCCAUCUCCCUGACAACCAAUUCUACUUACUACAGCACAUCUGCACCAAAGGCAGAGCUGCUGAUUAAAAUGAAGGACAUGCAGGAGCAGCAGCAACAGCAGCAGAGUGAGGAUGAUUCUGAAGACGAGCUGGAUCAUGACUUGUCAGAAAAGAAGCAAGAACUAAUUGACAGCAUUAGUAGGAAGCUGCAGGUGCUGAGGGAAGCACGGGAGACGCUUCUGGAAGACAUCCAAGCAAACAAUAUACUGGGGGAGGAGGUGGAGGCCAUUGUGAAAGAAGUCUGCAAACCAAAUGAGUUUGACAAAUUCAAGAUGUUUAUCGGCGACCUUGACAAAGUGGUCAACCUCCUCCUGUCGCUGUCAGGUCGUCUGGCCCGGGUGGAAAAUGCCCUUAAUAACCUGGAUGAAAAUACCUCUCCGGAAGAACGGCGGACGCUGGUAGAGAAGCAGAAGCUGCUGACCCAGCAACAUGAAGAUGCAAAAGAACUGAAGGAAAACCUGGAUCGUCGAGAGCGCAUUGUCUUUGACAUUUUGGCGAACUACUUGAGUGAGGAGAACUUAGCAGACUAUGAGCACUUUGUAAAAAUGAAGUCGGCCCUCAUCAUUGAGCAGAGGGAGCUUGAGGACAAGAUCAAGCUGGGGGAAGAGCAACUGAAGUGUCUGACCGAUAGCCUCCAGCCUGAACGGCUCAAAUAAGAGGACUGGGUUUGACCAAGGAUGUGAAAAAUGGGAAAGAAGGAAGGGAUGGGGGAGUUUCCAAGUAUACAAAUGAGUAUCUUGGCUUGUCUGAGUGUCCAAUAGAGAAACAAGUGCACAGGAGAAAAAUAGCUCUCACAACAGCAAUAAUGCUCUCUUCAUUUUUUUGGGAUGACGUAUUUAAUUUUUUAGAACACAUUUUCAUUGCUGGACUCUACAGCUUUUUCUCAUUGCUUGACUUGGAGACAGCUCCACAGAGAAGGAUAGACUCUUGACCUUUCUGCUCACUGAGUUGAAAGUCUGUGGCAGUUGUGCAUGCAAACAGCAAUGUGUUUUAGAAUAGGUUGUAUACUUCCUUUAUGUUCAGAUGCUGUACAGACUGCUGGGAAACCCAACAGCAAUUUAUGAAUGCACACAAAUUUAGAAGCUCUAAAUUUAGUGGCUUUUUAUUUUUUUUAAAGACACAUUAAAUAGGGGAAGCAUGCGUCUUACAGCUCAUAUAUUCAGAUUGCUGAAAUAUAGUGUCACUCUGAUCCUGUGGCAUCAGACACUUUUUUAUAUUGUAUAUAGGA